AAUUCUCCAUUUCCAGUUUUGACCAUUGAUUUUUCUUUUUCCUCUUUCUGGAAUUAGCAAAUUUAAAUUCUUACAUGUGAAGCCAACAAGCUCGCAGCACUUGAGAUCAAAUGUUUUCCCACCUCUGCUCCCUAGAGCGUGGCGAUCACUCAUGGAUCUCAUCCCAUCUCAUGUGACCGAAACUCUGGCCUAUGGGAUCGUGAAUUACGAGGUGUUUCCUUAACGGUAGCGCGUUAGUCGACGCGCAAGUCAUGGUCGUGAAUAUUAAGGUAGAUAGAAUUAUUUUGUGUUUUUGACACACGCAAAGCAAAUGUUUGUUUACUCCCCAACUUUUCUUGGAUCAAAUUAUAAUUAAUCAAAUCAGAUUGUAAUAUAGAAAGCAAAGAUUGGAAAAUCCAAAGAAGCAAAACUUCAUUCUCCUUCUUCCACCCAAGCCAAAUCUAACCUGAAACAAGAAAGGGAAUAAAAACCCUAAACCUAGUUAACUAUUCAACUCCAAACAUUUAAUUUCACCGUCAAAACAAACAAAGAAACUGAACAUUUUACACAUACAACAAAAAAAAAAGAAGCUUUAAUCAUUUUCAUUAACUACACAGAGAGGGAGGGAAGAGAGAGAUAGAAUUCAGCAAAAACAAAAAACAAAACAAAGCUUUACUGUGCUGAUCUAGAUUUUAUCAUCAAUGGUGUUCAGUCUUCUGAAACCAAAGAUCCUCAAAUACCCAUUUCCUGAAACAUCUUCAAAUUCCAAAUUCAACCCAAAUUUCCUUCUUUGAUCAUCAAUAAACCCAUAUGCUCAAAAUCUUUGAAUCAAAUUUAUCAAAAAGAGUUACGAUUUUUAAAGAGCUUAAAACAUUAUUGUUAUGGGAGCUGAAAAGAAAUGGCUUUUCACUCUCUUUUCGGCAACAUUUCUCUCCAUUCUCCUCCUCUUGCUCUACUCAAUCUCAGCUUUCAGCUCCCCUAGGCCUUUCCCUUCACUAGUCCAACAUGGCCUUCAUUAUCCACCAGCUUUUGGGUACUAUAUAUUUGGUGGAAGAGGUGAUAAAGAUCGGAUCUUUAGGCUUCUGCUUGCUGUCUAUCAUCCCAGGAAUCGAUAUUUGUUGCAACUUGGAGCUGAUGCUUCUGAUGAGGAAAGGUAUAGGUUGGCCGUGGCUUUGAAAUCUGUACCUGCUAUUAGGAGUUUUGGAAAUGUGGAUGUCAUAGGGAAGCCUGAUCGGUUUUCUUAUAUGGGUUCUACGCAUAUUGCUGCCACGUUGCAUGCUGCUGCUAUUUUGAUGAAGGUUGAUCGUGGCUGGGAUUGGUUUAUUGCUUUGAGUGCUUUGGAUUAUCCCUUGGUUACUCAAGACGAUUUGUCCCAUGUGUUCUCCUCAGUUAGGAGGGACCUCAAUUUCCUUGAUCAUACUAGUGACCUUGGGUGGAAAGAAGGUCAAAGGAUCCAGCCUAUUGUGGUUGACCCAGGGCUUUACCUAGCUAGGAGGACCCAAAUUUUUCAUGCUACAGAGAAACGACCAAUGCCAGAUGCUUUUAAAGUAUUUACAGGUUCCCCAUGGGUUGUCUUAAGCAGAUCCUUUCUGGAAUUUUGCCUUUUUGGGUGGGAUAAUCUACCUCGGACCCUUCUGAUGUAUUUCAACAAUGUUAUGUUAUCUGAAGAAAGUUAUUUCCAUUCUGUCAUUUGCAAUUCACCUGAGUUCAAGAACACUACUGUAAACAGUGAUUUAAGAUAUAUGAUCUGGGACAGUCCUCCAAAGAUGGAACCACACUUUCUCAACAUUUCUGAUUAUGAUCAAAUGGCUCAAAGUGGAUCAGCAUUUGCAAGACAGUUUCAAAAAGAUGAUCCUGUGUUGGACAUGGUUGAUGAAAAGAUCCUCAAGCGUGGGCAAAACCGAGUUGCCCCUGGGGCAUGGUGCACUGGUCGCAAGAGUUGGUGGAUGGAUCCUUGCUCACAAUGGCGUGAUGUAAAUGUCUUGAAACCCGGACCUCAGGCAAAGAAGUUUGAGGAAACUAUGACAAAUCUUCUUGAUGACUGGAAUUCACAGUCUAAUCAGUGCACAUGAGGGAGGUGUGAACUGAAAGGUGAAUAUUUCAGAGACUUAGUGCACUGUCAUUGCAUCUGAAUUUCAUGAAAGCUUCAAAAGAACAUCAGAUGUGAUGCAUUCUUUGGUCUGUAUACCUAUUUUUUUGGGGUUCCUCUUAUCACAGGCUAGAAUUUUUUUAUACGAAAUGCUAGAAUUGAGGGAGGAAACAAGUGAAUUCACUUGAGAUUUUGCUCUGCGUUGUUGGCUUCAGGGUUAGUAUUUAAUGGUCAAGCCACCUAGAAGUCUUCAAUGAGUAAGAGGACCUCCCUCUCGAGCUGCCAUUUGCAUGCUGUUGUAUGUUCUAUGCACCUUUCAUUUGGCACGUUGAUGUUGGAAGACAAAUUCAUUCUUUAAAAUCUCUUAAUUGUAUUGCUGUCCUAAUUCUCCCUGUCUCUCUCUCUCUUGUGCAUUCCAGCAAGGGGUCGGUUUUUUGUGGCAAGAAAUUGUGAACUAAGAAAACGAUCUGAGAAACUUUUGCUCAUCUAUGCGUAUCCCUUGACCUUUUACACGCAUCAUGAAUCCUGAGAGAAAUUUCUUUCUUUUCCGUAUUUAAGGAAAUUGUUAAAGAGUUCGCAACAUAUACGCGGGCUAAAAGAAGUCACUGGCGUGGAUUAUACAACCCUUGUUGAAACUGCAUGAAAUGCUCUUUUUAGUCGAAUCUUUAACAGCUAGCAAGCAGGAACAAAACUGGCCGUCUAUGUGCAUAUUUAUCUUCUGCUGCAACACCUGCCUUGAACUUGGAGGCAUUAUCAAUAUUCCUGCUCUUCGCAUAAAAUCACUUCCCACGCACUAACAGAAAUCCAUCAAGCAUCAAAAUUUCAAUCUCAACUUCAUUCCAGGCCACAAAACCUCAUUUGGGUAUCCACCAACUCUUCAUCUUAUCAUCUACAGAUCGAUCCACGAGGAUUUAACACCAAAAGAAUUUUCUUUUGAGCCCGUGAAAAG